UUAUUCUAGAUAUAAUAGUAAAUCCAUCCAUAAUUAUCAUCAUCCAUCUUCCCGCCAAUGCAUAAUAAAGAAAAUAUAAAUAUAGUGUUUCCCAAGUUCUUUGAAAAAUUAGGGUUUUCGAAAAUUGAAAAAAAGAAAGAAAUACGAUGAAUUGGAAGCACCACACUCUCAUCCAAUCUCUAAUGUCACGCGGCCCUCUCAAUUAUAACGAUUUUCUGAAGAUCUUCGCUGCUGUCACCGGAAAAAACCCUAGUAAGAGUGAUGGGGAAGUGAAUGCUUAUUUAUUGAAGAUAAACAAGGAACUUUCGUAUGUACAGAUGGAGUUGAGGCAGUGUAGAAAUCAAAAUGAUGGCGAAGUUUAUUACGGGAUUGUUAAUAGUGUUGCUGAUGAUCAAUCCAAGCUCGGCACUCGAUUCUCAGCUCCCCAAAUUACUCUUUUUAAGGGCGUAAUAGAUGCAAUUGUGCAGGACACCGCAGCCCAAGGUAGCAUAUCAACUAUUGAAGCUCUCAAUUUACGGCUGGAGAAUCAGGUUUACAGUGUAACGGAAUCACAGUCACAAGCUGCUUCCUCUCAAGUCCCUACUGCAUUGAGGAAUUUCUCCUUGUCCCAGAAGGAAAAAACUAUUGAUGAACUUGUGCAUGACAAGUGGCUUUGUCAAACCUCAGAUGGUGGCAUUGGACUUGGUGUCAGAUCCUACCUUGACCUCCGAAGUUGGUUUCAUAGUUCUGGUAUUCCAUCAUGUGAAGUGUGUAAUGAAGCUGCAAUAAAGGCGAAAAUGUGCCAAAGUGAAGGUUGCACAUUUCGAAUACAUCACUAUUGUCUGAAGAAAAAAUUAUCUCAGAGCAGGGGUAAAUUUGUUUGCCCAACCUGUGAUACUCAAUGGGACUGCCAAUUUCCGAAACUUGAAGUAGAGGCAGAGGAUGAGCCGAAUGAUCCUGUUGAGAGCCGGCCACCAGUAGGAUCCAAAAGGAAGAGGCUUAAAACAAACAGAAAUGGGGAUUCCGGAAAUGCGCAAUCACAAGCUGCUGGAUGUGGCUCAUCUCAACCUUCACAGUCAGUAUCCGAUCUCAGAAGAGAAACCCGAUCAUCUGCUCGACUAAGGUGAAAGCAGCUAGCUUUUAGUAGUCGGAUAUUCUGUAUAUUUUGCUCCCAUCUAACUUAUUUCGAUGAUUCAAUUUAAUGUAAAAGUAAAAUGGUGGUUGAAUUGUAUUGUUCAGCGGUGUGCAGGCUGACUUUGUAUUCAGGAUUAUCCCUAGAAUCGCUAUGGCUAAUGAGUAUCUAAAAAUGCUUUA